UGCAUCACACCAGAAAUCAAAGAUUGAUAAGGGUUGCAUGGACCAGACUGCAUGUGAAUGUUUGAUGAACUCCAACACCUUUUGUACAGCAUCUGUACCGAGCCCAGAGUGCCAUUACUGUUGUUCAACAGCUGAGUGCAACAAACAAAUUACCAAGCUUGAUUUUGGUGGGAAAGGCCGUCGUAAAAAGAGGUCUUUUGGUUGGCAGGCUAUUUGUAACACAGGAAGAGACCAUCUGAAGAAGAGCUCAACUUGUAUAAAGGCUAUUUUUAGCUCUGGAAACCACAACCUGAACAAGAGGUCAUAUAGUACACAAGCUAUUUUAAAUACUGGAAAAAGUCACAUGAAGAAGAGGUCAACUGGUUCAGAGGCUAAUUUCAGCACAAGUACUGCACUGUGGAAUGGUUCUUCGCCAUCCUGUAUUGAUAUGAGUGGGUGGGCUUGCGUAAUGACACAGCAGACUUCCAGGGCCCUCUGAUAAUCACGUUCAAAUUUGACCAAGUUCAGCAGUCUUCAUCAACUGCAACAACCUCUUUUCCAUGGACGUUCGUGUUUUCAAGAUGGCGCUGGUCUACUUCAGCCUUGGCGGGAAUCUCUACCAGAACUGUCCGGGCAAGUAUGACUUUAUUCUGGACAACGUAGUGGAGUAUUUGAGACCCGUGAUGAUCAAACUGAACAACAACGUGGGUCAGUACGUCCGUCUGCAGUUGUACUUUGAUGCCAAGUGGAUCAUGAUCAGUGAGGUGCAGUUCAUAUCAGAACCUGCGACAGGCAACUUCACAGAGGAGGUUCCCCCUGUGACUUUGAAACCCCCAAUGGUUCCUCCUAAACCUGAGGACAAGAACUAUGAACAUGAGCUGAACAUUGGCAAGGAGGGCAAGGGUCAGUACACAGGCAAUGUGGAGCCAGAGAAAGCUUCCAAGCAGCAAACACCAGGAAGUGACAUCAUCGGUAUCAUCAUCGGUUCCCUGGCUGGGCUUAUUGCGAUUCUCAUCGCCGUAGUUAUCUUCAUUGUGUGCCGACACCAGCGGCGGAAGAAAAACAACAACCGUCGCAUGAAGACUGCAAUCACGGAUACACACAACCAGACUGCGGUGAAUCUUUCUGACCUGCAGGGGACACACACCAAUGGCAAGGUGCUCAAAGGCCACAGGUACAAUGGAGUACCCCUCACUGAACUUGAGUCUGACAGGGACUGCUGGAGCAGUGAGUCUGAGUCUUAUCUUAGAUACCCUGGGCCAGUAAUCACAGAGCUCAUCAGGACAUUCCCCUUCUUAACCCUUUACCACUUAGAUACGUAUUUUUACACAUUUGUAGCCCCUUAAAAGUAAAAUUUCUUUCUAGAUUCAUGUUUUAAAGGCUUCAUCUCAAACCCUUAGCAGGGGUGGCAAAAUCAAAUGUCCGAGUUGCCCGAGUCGUACAUUUGCUUGUCUGGGCAACUGAUUUUUUUCAAUUUAGUUGUCCCAAGUUUUUUAAAAGUCGGGUCCAGGUAUACAAAAAAAUACAUUGUAUUAAAGCCGUAAUUAAGUUUUACAAAACUGGAUGUUGACAUGCGAUUACAUUGUCAGUGCUUUUUGCGGAGCAAUCAAGCUAAAAUACGGGCACCUUGUUAUUUAAGACGACUUUAAUGGUAAAAAUGGAACAUUUAGAUUUUUUAAAUUUUCAACAACGGAGCAGAAACCCAAAGCUUUGAGCAGUCAACCUACCAAAAAAACUAAGAAAGAUUAUGAUAAAAAAUAUGAUCUAAGUAAACGCACCAGGGGGCCGUUUCAUCAAUAAUUACGUAUUUUUAUACGAUCGUAAAUUAUGUAUCGAGAUUAAUGUAGUCGUUUACGAUUUUACAUAAACUCCGUUUCAUCAACGAAAUCGUAAAUGCAACAUACAUAAAAUAUGACUACUUAAAUAUACGUAUUUUGUAACCGAAAAAAAUAGUGACACAGUCUGAAAAAUUGCAUGACGUAAUUUUCGCGCGCUCUGUCAGCUAAGGCAAACAUCGCACAAAAAAACAUACUCCUAUAAAUAUGAGGUCGAUUUACGUCUAAUUAUUUGGACUAACAAAAACAAUGCUAGUUGUGAAUCGAAACAAAAACAAACACUGGAAAACGACGUGUAGACCGGUGUGGAAGGCUACCGAUUGCUGUUUGGCCGACACUCUCCUUCCGUUACUAAACGCAAAAAGAAGUUAUUUUGGAUGGAGACGGUUGAAAU